UUUGUCGCGUGUUGCGAGCAAGCCUUGAGGAUUCGUCGGUUUUCUUGUAUAUUCUCCUGUUGUUGAUGCCAGUUCGAAUCAACCAUGGAGUAUAUAAAAUCUAAGGCAAAAGGUCGCGGUGCCGUUGCAAUUUUGUAAUUAUAACGUGCAAUUUGGCAGAGUUACGUUUCUCAUAAUGCGGCACACGUGUGCGUGUGAUAUUAUUGUAAACGCCUCGGGGGUGUUCGAGUUGAGGUUGAAGUCAUUCGUGAACGAGUAUGGAAAAGACAGUCUGGGCAAGUGCUGUUCAGGCAGCACUUCCAAGACUGGCGAGUGCUCAGGCGUUUGUAAAACCAGGUUCAGGGUCUGCUUGAAACAGUAUCAAGUAAAGAUCGACACGACGACGCCGUGUACAUACGGCGACGUCGUUACACCCGUUCUGGGCGAAAACAUCGUUAAUCUCAGCCCUAACGUUGCUAUGCCAAGCUUCACCAAUCCCAUCAGAUUUCCAUUCGACUUCACGUGGCCGGGCACAUUCUCGCUGAUAGUGGAGGCUUAUCACGACGCAGACAACACGACACACCACUCAGCCGAGAAAGUACUGAUCACCAGGCUGACUACGCAAAAGUGGUUGGACGUCGGGCCGAAUUGGACCGAGGACGAGUACAGAAGCGCUCACGCGAAGAUGGUGUACGAGUACAGGGUGACUUGCGUGGCGCACUAUUACGGGAAGGGUUGCGAGAACCUGUGCAGGCCGAGGGACGACAAUUUCGGUCAUUACAGCUGCAGCCCGACCGGAGAGCGCGUCUGCCUCUCUGGAUGGAAGGGUGACUACUGCAAUACACCCCGCUGCCUGCCCGGAUGCGACGAGCAGCACGGACACUGCAAUCGACCCGACGAAUGCAUAUGCCACAACGGUUGGAAAGGAGCGUACUGCGACCAGUGCGUGAGAUAUCCAGGCUGCCUUCACGGUAGCUGUCAGAAGCCCUGGGAGUGCCUCUGCGACGAAGGCUGGGGCGGUUUGUUCUGCAACCAGGACCUCAACUAUUGCACGAAUCACAAGCCCUGCUUGAACGGCGGCACCUGCUUUAACACCUUUAACGGCCAGGGUUUGUACACCUGCUCGUGCGCGCCAGGCUUCAACGGCACUAACUGCGAGAAGCCGCUUUUGGACUGUGACUCGAAUCCCUGUCUCAACGGUGGAUCGUGCACCAUGGAUCCGCCCUACGGCAAUUCCAGUCUGGGCAAAAGCUCCGUGGAUUCGUCGUCGUCGUCGUCUUCGUCUUCGUCAUCCUCGUCGUCCACCAACAGGCAACAUUAUCGUUGCACCUGUCCACCCGGUUGGCGCGGCCGACACUGCGAGAUCAGCUCGAGAUCCUGUCGAGAUUCUCCCUGCCAUCAUGGAGCCACCUGCGAGGACGACUCUCUUCACGGCUACGUGUGCCGCUGUUUGCCCGGUUACGCGGGCAACGACUGCGAGUCCCAGCUCGACCAGUGUUCCCCGAAUCCAUGCUCGAACGGCGGCACCUGUACGGACCUCGGCAACAGCUUCCGGUGCUCUUGCCCGGCCGGUUUCACCGGCGAACGCUGCGAGACGAACAUUGACGACUGCCAAGGCGAUCCCUGUCUGAACGGUGGGACCUGCGUGGAUCUAGUCAAUCAGUUUCGUUGCCAGUGCGUGCCGGGAUACGUCGGUCGAUUGUGUCAAGACAAAGUCGAUUAUUGCCUGACAAAGCCGUGCGCGAACGGUGGCCGGUGCAUAUCGGGUACGAACGAUUAUCGGUGCGCGUGCAAGCCUGGCUUCACCGGCAAAGACUGUAGCGUGGACGUGGACGAGUGUAGAAGCGCGCCUUGCAGGAACGGUGGCACGUGUCUGAACCGAGUGAACGGGUUCCUCUGCCAAUGCCCGGAGGGUUGGCACGGUGACACUUGCUCGGAGGAAGUUGGAAGCGGCACGGCCAUCUUGCCGGUACCUUCCAACACCGCAGCAGCUGCUGCUGCUGCUGCUGUUCCUGCUGUACCACCAUCUGGAGCAAGUUACUGGCCGGGCAAUCUGUCCAGGCACGUCGCGUCCGCGUCCGCCGAGCCGAGAGACGCCGGUCUAACCACCGAGCACGUAGUGGUGAUAGCAACCCUGUCGACGGCUGUCCCGGCGUUCGUUCUGGUAGCCGCAGUGGCGGUGAUGUGCAUGAAGAGGCGGCAGAAGAGGGAACAGGCGAAGGCUGACGAAGAGGCCAGGCUGCAAAACGAACGGAACGCUGUUCACAGUAGCAUGAGCAAGAGAAGCGGCGGUGUUAUGGGGGGAGUGGGUGGUGGAGCUGGUGUCGGCUCCACCGGAAGUACCGGAGUUGGUAUCGGUAACGUUGGACUGCUAGGAGGCGGUGGUAGCGGAAUGAUCAGCGGCGGAGGUGGCGGCAGCGUGUGUACACUUGGCACCGGGGAUGCUCACAUGAUCAAGAACACAUGGACGGCGAACAAGAGCGUGAACAACGCCGCGUCUGCCAGACAGGACGACCUCGACUCGUCGUUUCAAACGGACGUCACGCUGGAUAGCUCUUGCUCGGGUUACAAGCCAGAACCGGUGCUGCAGGACGGCCGAACGCGGACAACGAAACAACUGAACACGGAGGCGGCCGCGCACAGGGCGUCCCACCUCUUCCAAAAGGAGAAGGACUGUCUGGGUCUUGGUCUCGGCAUAGGCGUCGGUGUCGGCGUGAUCGAGAGUGCCAAGAGGUCGUCCGUGUUCGCCGGUAACGCGACGACGGACAGCUGUUGCGCGGCGGAGGCGGCGUUGCUCAAGAGGCCGACGACCAUCACGGAAGGUGGCAGCGGUCCACCGGGUAGCGGCGGCGGCGGCGGCGGCGGUGGCGGUGGUACCGAGACCGGCUGUGGAGUGUACGUUAUAGACGAUCACUAUAGGCACGACACGUCGUUGGCGGCGACGCUCGCGACAGAAGUGUAGUUUCUCUUUCUCCUUAAUCCCAAGUGUCUCCACAACCGUUGUUCUAAUACUAUAUAGAAAAAAAGAAAACGAGCCACGAUCGAGCGAGAUUACGAUGGACUCUUUAUGUAAUUCGUGAACGAACGAACUGUUUCUUUUUUUCUUUUCUCUCUCUCUCUCUCUCUCUCUCUCUCUCUUUCCUCCGUAAUGACCGAAAAAAAUAAAUAAGCUGUGCGUGCUCCCGCGUGCGACUCACACGCGACAAACCCGAGAAAAGGAACUCUUCCGAGAACUCUUAUUUUCUCUCUCUCUCUCUCUCUCUCUCUCUCUCUCUUUCUCUCUUUCUCUCCCCCUCUCUUUGUGUUUUUCACGUUCGUUCGAAGUUGCAUACCGUUCCACGCUCUCUCGCAACCACCAACCGACGCGACAGAGGAACACACGCGCACGAUGUAUAUCCCUUUGUGCGUAACGUACGUACGCACGAGCACCACCACGAAUGCUACGUAGUCAUCAAGCGUGUGGUACACCGCGCUUGGCUCUCCGUUAUGGGCCAGCGGGUGAACGGGCGUGCGUUUCUUCGCGAUUCCUUUGUUUCUCUCCCUCCCGUUGUGCGGGACGUCGCGCGUGAGAACGUUCCAUCGGACUUUGCCGCAACGACGACGACGAUGAUCAUGAUGAUGAUGAUGAUGAUGAUGAUAAUAAUGAUGAUGAUGAUGAUGAUGACGACGAUGACGAUAUGACAACAACGAUGACGAUGAUGACGACAAUGGUUGGCGGCGACGGUAUCAUUGGUUGCUGCCACCAAGGCUGUUGUUGGUGUUGUUGUUCUGAUGGCAAGAAAGAGGUUGACUCGCGCGCGGACGUUCCGCCGGAUGAUCACGCGCGGGACGAUCCUCGUCAACGUUGAUGACGACGAGGAGACUUUGAGUCCUUGAACAGAAAGAAAAACGAAAGAUGAAGAAGACGAUGAAGACCCAGGAGGAAGAGACUUUAGCGAGACGAGUUGGACAGCAGGGGAGCAAAAUGAAAUAUACAUACAUAUAUAUAUACAUACAUAUAUAUAUUUAUAUAUAUACAUAUAUAUAAAGUAUAUGUAAUAUAUGUGUAUAUAUAUACAUAUAUACGAAAUGCUGUGGAGGCGGACGAUGCCGAAUGUCGUCCGACCCGUUCUUAGGUAUUAAUAUUAUAUAUCAUGUUCGAAGCGAAACUUUGUACAGAACUAAUUUAUUAUUAUUGUUAUUUACUAUUAUUACUAUUUACUAUUAUUAUUAUUAAUAUUAUUAUUCUAAUUAUUAUUAUUAUUAAUAUUAUUCUAUCGUAUCCCAUUAUCAUUGUUCCGAUAGUUCUCCAUUACUUCUAUUUUUCUCUCUCUCUCUCUCUCUCUCACUCUCUCUCAUACACAUACACACACACACACAAAUAGUCUCUAUC